UGUAGUUCGAAUUUCGUCAAAUGUUAAUUUGUUAUAGUUUCGACAUAUUGUAAUAUGCCACGGACGGAAGGUUUUACACCGAAUGUUCGUGCGAAAGUUUUAUGAUUCGAAGGGGAUUAUGGACCAACAUAACCGACAGAACGGAAUUCUGUAAAAGAUAAGAUAUUGGAUUUAAUUUCAUUUUAAACAAACAGUGUUAAUAAGACUGUUGUGGCGGGAGUCAACAAUGAUUGCAAACGAACUAACGUUAAAAGCGAGGCGUUUUUCUAAUUUGCGGUACUUUAUCGACGAUAGUUAACAUACUUAAACGUUAAAAUGGUAUUUAAAGUUUAUUUGUGAAUAACACAGCUGACCAGCCUGCUCGAAUAGAAUAUUAUUUGACCUUCGUUAGUAUAUUGUUUCAUUUUAAUCCGUAAAUUGGUUAUCUCUUUGGAAAAAAGAUAGACGCCAAGCUGUUUUUAUGGUGGACAACCCUGUGGGCUUCGGUUUGCUCGUUAGUAAAUACUCAGAAUCGUUUUCACAGAGCUUUGCGAUGCCCGUCUCUGUUAACGCGUGUUGACGGUGAAAUGAAAAAAUGUAACGUUUUCGCAAGAUACAAUCGGAAUCAGCUGUUCGGGUAUACCGCAAAAUUUCAGCGCGCCUGGUAUAUACACGUGCACGAGUUUUUGUGAUUUUAUGUAGUGUUGUGUGUUGUUGACUUCACCGUCCGCCCUCUUGUCGCUAUUCCGAAAACAAUGAAUAAAGAAGCAAAAGUUGACCAAACCGGGGCCGUAGAGCCGUUACUAGCGAAACCUACCAGAAGUGUUAACUUACAAAACGGCGAGGAUGGGACUCAAAAACAGCGAAAUCCAGCAGAAAUUAUUCGAAACAAAAGUGUGGUUUUCGUGGAGACUAGUAAGAAUGAAAAAGCGAUGGAAAAAGUGAAGCUGGUACCGCCUGACGGAGGAUGGGGGUGGCUGGUAUUGUUCGGGGCCACGCUGGUCAACAUUCUGGUGCCCGGUACCGUGAAAUCUUUCGGCGUUCUUUUCGUCGAAUUCUUAGAAGCGUUCGAAGCCACCCCGUCCCAGGGAAUGUGGAUCCCGGCCCUCUGCUACUUUUUAUAUAGUUCCCUAGGUCCCGUAUCGAGUAUUUUGUCAGUGGCAUGGUCCUACCGUAUCGUAACAUUUAUCGGGGGUGCCUGUGCAGCUGGAGGGAUGAUUUUAAGCUUUUGGGCAACAUCCUUGCCAAUUCUGUACUUCACCUACGGAGUACUGGUCGGAUGUGGGGCGGGCCUGUCAUUUCCGCCAACUGUUUAUAUAGUUACAAGCUACUUUGUCAAACUAAGAGGUGUCGCGAAUGGAAUCUGCAUAUCGGGAUCCGCAUUCGGAUCCAUUUUGCUCCCGCCGCUGCUCCGGAUAAUCCUCGAAACUUACGGUUACAGAGGAGCGGUUCUGUUAAUGGGAGGAAUAACUUUGAACGUAUUCGUCGCCGCCCUUUUCUACGACCCAGUGGAAAACCAUUACAAAAAAAUCAAAGAAGAGGACAAACCCAGCGAACUUUUGGACCCGGCGAAAUUCAUGAUUAGCGAAGAUAGCAUGGCUUCGCUUCCUCAGCUGCCUCAUACCGAUUCGUUUUUAGAACACAGCGAUCUUUCCGACGCGGGAUUCAACCGUAGCGCUUCUAGCGCUGCCGUCCAACACAUGAAAAGUCCCCACAGAGAAAGAAAGAUCAGCAUGCCAACGGGAAGGCACGAAGUAAUGAGAGCUAAAGGCUACUCUAAUUCUAGAACCAAUAUGAAUAGUUCGACGGCCCUUCAUUCUGUUCCGGAAAAACAAAAUGCCAACGGCACGAUGGACAUGUUUGUCCAGGGAAAGUUGCCCAGCUCUAGGAAACUAAGGACAGGUCCCCCUAGAAGAAGCACAUCGACGAGUUCGUUCCAAUACGUGAGCACAGCCUACCACGGCAGUACUCUGACGUUACAGCCUGAAAUUUUCGCGAGCUCUUUUAGCCUCAAGUCGAAUUCAAAUAAGAUGAUCGGUGCGUCGCCGAAGAUAGAUCGCGACGCGCCCAAAAAGAUUAAGCUAUUCGACGUUACGCUCCUCAAAGAUCCGCUUUAUUUAAUCAUUUUAAUAUCCAACGCCACCAACGCGAUCAGCUACACCAACUUUAUCAUUCUUCUGCCUGCAUACGCUCAGAAUUUGGGGUUCGAUAAAAACAGCGGCGCUCUUUUAUUAUCGAUCGUUAGUGCCUUGGAUUUGGUGGGUCGUAUUGGUGGUUCCGCUCUUUCGGACUUGACGAAAUUCCCAAAGUCUUACUAUUUCGUAGGCGGCCUUUUUAUGUCCGGCGUAUCUUUAGCGAUGUUGCCAUUUUUUUUAAAUUACUGGGUAAUAGCUUUGUUUUGUUCCGUGUUUGGUUUGGCUUCCGGGACUUACGUUGGAAUAACGGCGAUCGUUAUGGCGGACAUGUUGGGAGAGGAACGACUCCAGUCGACGUACGGUAUUUCGUUGUUCGUUAAUGGAAUUUUGCAGUUGAUUGGCCCUCCAAUUUGCGGUGUUUGGUUUGAAGCUACUCAAUCCUUCGUAUCUUUGUUCUGUAGUUUGGGAGUUAUUUUGGCCGCUGGUUCUUUGCUUUGGAGUUUCGUGCCGUUCAUUAAAAAAAAAGGCGAAGACGACGAUGACGAGGAUGAAGCUUAAAUGCUUUUAAGCCUAUUGUAAAUUUAAGAAAAAAGAGAAUUUCACAUAAACAUUAUGGUCACUGUCUUUAAAUGGAAGUGUACUUAAACUGCUGAUACCAUUAUACGAGUUCAAAAAAAAAAUAUAUAAUUAUACCUAAUAAGUUUCUUAUUAACAAAUGGUGCAUUCUCAAUGUGCCUUAUGCAUUACCAAAUAUUUAAGAGCUGUUGUUAAGCUCACACAAAGUGAACUAUCUGAAGAAGUCGGACCAACCCCCAGGUGCUUUCUGUAAAUUAUUUUUGAUUUGAAGUUUAAUUGAUGGCAUCCUUGAAGCUUUGUAUUUUUACUUUCCCUUGAAUUAAUGUAACCCGACCAAGUGAACCGCCAAAAAACUUUGGAAUUGUCAAAUUUUGUAAAUUUCUAAUAUACAGUUUAGUUAUAGGAAUUUUGAUAUUACGAAACCCUUUUUGAUGUAACGAAAAUUAGAUUUAAAGUUGAAAAGAACUUUUUUUGCUUACGAGUGUAGUAUGUUCAUUUAGUUUUUGCCAGUGUGAUACAAACUUAUUUAGAUUUAUAGGUUAAUAAAUGUGGGUAUUUUUAUUAA